AACUGUACCUCACCAAACUACGUGAGCUGUUAUUUUUUUUUGUAUACACGCGCUCGCACGCGCAUUUAUUGAGUCGCUCACUCAACCGCCUUCCCUCCCCCUCCCCCUGCUCGAAGGUAGGUCUGUAGCUCACCUAAGGUCGCGCGCGAGUGUGUUCCUUGCUGGAUAUGCCCGUGUUUCUCUCAAGUAUUCGCCACUCUUCUCCUCGCUAGCUUAUAUUGUCUAAACAACAGCAGCAUCGCCAUUGUGGACACUGGAUCCACCAGCGACAAGACCGCGGUGGCAGUGGAACAAGAUCCAGCAAAUUUUGUAGAAGCAACCUAUUUUCGACUCUCGCUCAGCUCACAACUUUGGUCUGAACUAACCAAAGCGGCAAUGGAUUAAUUCUUUGUGCCAGGAGUUUUCACGGAUACACUGCCAAAUUCAGUUUAUGAGCUUGCUAGUUUCAUAAGCAAGAAAAAAAAUUCUCUUUAUUUUGGAUUACCGUUUUUUUAAACAAACAAAGUUGAUACGUCGAUAUUUUCUGAGUGUUUCAAGAAUUGAAAAAGUGUAUUAAAAUAUAUAUUCUUCAAUAAAUUCGGCAAAUAAAGAAAAGAUAACUCGCAAAUUGUUGUGAGUUCCCUCCCUUGCCGUCGUCUGACGUCAUCGCGAUUUGUUUACAUGACGCCAUGCUUCUAGUCACUACCGUGGACCAAUGACAACAGGAGGAGGGAGAUUCGAUUUCGACGAUGGGGGCACUUACUGCGGAGGCUGGGAGGACGGGAAGGCCCACGGCAAUGGCGUCUGCACGGGACCCAAAGGCCAGGGGGAGUACGCCGGGGCGUGGCAGUACGGGUUCGAGGUGUCGGGGGUGUACACCUGGCCCAGCGGUAACGCGUACAAGGGCCAGUGGUUUCAGGGCAAGCGACACGGGCUAGGGGUGGAGAACAAGGGCCGCUGGGUGUACCGCGGGGAGUGGACCCAGGGCUUCAAGGGCCGGUAUGGGGUCCGGGCCAGCACCACGUCCGGUGCCAGGUACGAGGGCACGUGGACCACGGGCCUGCAAGACGGAUACGGCUGCGAGAGUUACGCGGAUGGAGGUGAGUCUGGAGUUGCUGUGUCUGGUCUGUCUGUCUCUGGUGUGUCUGUCUUUGAUGUGUCUGUCUUUGCUGUGUCUGCCUCUGCUUUUGCCUCUCUGUAUUGUCAGCUAUGUCUGUCUCUCUCCUCGUAA